AUGACACUGCUGCUUCACCAUCAUGAUGAGUAUUCUUGCUCUGAAACUGUCAAACCGAGAUUUUCCAAUCCAACGGCAUUCAUUAACGUCCUAGCUUUGGGGACCCAGUUUCCCAAGAUGUGCUUGUCAUCGGAUAUUUGUACUGCCAAGAUCGUCAUGUCAACAAUGAGGAAGAACGGCAUCAACGGCACCAAUAUUCUGAAAUCCGGUUCCGAAGACUCCAGUUAUGCUUGA